AUGAUUUUCAAUGAAGAAAAUGUUUCUAAGCAUUUUGAUAUCAAAAUUUGGGUAUGUGUUUCUGAGGAAUUUGAUAUUAAGCUGAUUAUUAAAGCAAUCAUUGGAGGAUCAACAAAAGAAACAUGCUUGGAAACAUUGCAAGAUAUGAUUAGAGAUAGAUUAAGAGGGAAAAGAUAUUUGAUUGUAUUGGACGAUGUUUGGAAUGAAAAUGAAAAUGCCUGGGAUCAGUUGAAAGCUAUAUUAGAUUGUGGAUCAAGUGGUUCGUUUAUCCUUACCACUACCCGUAAAAGAAAUGUGGCCGAAAUAAUGAAAACAAUUCAACAUUUUGAGUUACCAGAGCUCUCCGAUGAUAUUUGUAGGAUAUUAUUCGAAGAACGUGCAUUUAUGUAUGGAACACCAAAAUCUCCUAAUUUUAUUAAUAUUGGAAAUGAAAUAGUCAACAAAUGUAAGGGUGUUCCUUUAGUUGCUAAGAUAUUAGGAAGUCAAUUGGGCUUCACUAGUGAUGAAGGAGAAUGGUGUAGACUAAGAGAUAGUGAGAUAUGGGAGCUACCCAAAAAUGAAAAAUCUAUCUUGUCUAUUCUAAAGUUGAGUUAUUAUGACCUUCCUUAUCAUUUGAGAAGAUGUUUUGCAUUUUGUGCUAUAUUUCCUAAGGAUGGUGUGAUUGAAAAAGAAAGAUUGAUCCAAUUGUGGAUGGCCCAUGAUUUAAUUCCUAUAAGUGAAAACCAAAAAGUAGAAGUGGUUGGAAAUGCAAUUUGGAAUGAGUUGUGUUGGAGAUUAUUUUUUCAGGAAGAAACUAAGAAAUUAGGUAAGUAUGGAGUUCAUACAACAUGUAAGAUGCACGAUCUUAUGCAUGACCUUGCUCAAUUUGUUAUGGAAGGUGAAUGUUAUAUCAUGGAUGCUAAGAGCUCAAGACAUGAUUUUAGACAAGGGGUUCGUCACAUAACAAUAAUGAUUAAUGAUUUUGACAAAACACCAUUUGGGUUUCUGGAGAAAAUAGGAGGUGUGCAAUCGAUACUACUUCAUCCCACAAAAAUAAAUGUUUCAAAUGUCUUCAAUGAGAUUUUGAGUGUCUUCAAGAAACAUUUGUCUUUACGUGUCUUUGAAGUAGAUCCCUAUGUCGAAAAUCAAGCAUUGUAUUACAUUGGAUGCCUAAAACAUCUUAGAUACUUAAACAUCUCUUAUAUGUGUGGUAUAAAAGCAUUACCUAAUAGUAUUUGUGAUCUAUUAAACUUACAAACUCUGAACCUCAAUAGUUGUUUCAAUCUCAAAAGUUUGCCCAAAAAUAUGAAAUCCCUUAUUAACUUGCGACAUCUUUAUCUAAAGAAAUGUUUCAGUCUACAAUGUAUGCCUCGAGGAAUGGGGCAAUUGAAACAUCUAAAGACAUUAAGCCUAUUUGUGAUAGGCAAGAAAAGAGAUUGUCAACUAGAUGAAUUAAAAGAAUUGAACAUAAGAGGAUCUUUGGAAAUUAGAAACCUCGGAGGAGUUUCUAACACAACUAUUGCAAGAGGGCAUAUAAGUUUGAUGGCUAAAAAGUCAAGUAUCAACAUGUUGGAGUUAAAUUGGGAUAAUGAUUGGGAAGAUAACGACGAAGAUGAUGAUAAAGAUUGGAUCAAGAAGAAGAAACUACAUGAGAAAAUAGGUGAAACUCUAGAGGUGCCAACUACAAUGCUUAAGAUAUUGAUAAUGAGAAAUUACAAAGGUGUUUAUUUCCCCUGUUGGAGAAGUUAUCUGGUUCUCUUAGACACCUUGAACUUUGGUGCUUGGAAAAUCUCAAACACAUAUUUACUAAUAGUGAUGAUAUUGGAAUGGCAGUGUUCCCUUUCUUAG